ACGGGUUACUGGGUCAUCGAGCCUGCAGACAACUCCGUAUAUAUAGACACCCGCGUUAACUGGACGACAUUGUCUCCCAAGCGGCCCUGGAACACUGAGGCGGCUGCAGGGACAACGCGCAAGGAACACAAUGUGGAAGAAGGUGUUGGUAGCGCUGGCGGCGGUGUUGGCGGUGGACGCCCUCAAGGUCGAGGAGGCCGAGGUUCAGCGCGUGCCUCGGCAGAGCGGCGGUUACGCGUAUCAGCAACCGGUCGGAGGCCAGGCGGCGCUCGGCGGUGCUGGAGGCCAGGCUGCACUAGGAUCUGGGACUGGAGGAGCAACUGGAGGUCAAGCCGCACUUGGAUCUGGGGUUGGAGGAGCAACGGGAGGUCAAGAUGCACUCGGAUCUGGGGUUGGCGGAGCAACUGGUGGACAGGCUGCACUAGGAGCUGGGGCAGCAGCUGCUGCAGGAGCCGGGGCAGGAGCUGCUGCAGGAGCCGGGGCAGCAGCUGCUGCAGGAGCCGGGGCAGCAGCUGCUGCAGGAGCUGGGGCAGGAGCAUUUGGCGGUCAGGCCGCACUCGGGGCAGGAGGGCAAGCAGCUCUCGGCGCCGGUGGGGCCGUCACUCCAUGGCCACCUCUUAUGCCCUACCAGUUCGCUUAUGAAGUUAAGGACGACGCAAGCACCAAUUACCACAACCGAGUUGAAUUUGUCGAAAAUGGAGUCCUGCAGGGAAGUUUCAGCCUUCUUUCCCCUGACGGCGUUGUACGCACCUACAUCUAUUCUGACGAUGGCUCUUCUGGAUUUAAGGUGACUUCCCACCAGAUCCCAACCGACAUCGUUGUAGUUGGAUCAGGCUUGCCAGGAGACCCCAAAGCUGCUGGUGGUGCAGGCGCUAGUGCUGGUGCUAGCGCAUCUGCAAGCGCAUCAGCCGGAGCAAGUGGAGGUGCAGGCGCUGCUGGAGCUGCUUCAGCUGCUAGCGCUUCUGGUUCAGCUGGCUUCGGUGCUGGUGGAGCAGCGGCUGGCGCAUCUGGAUCUGCUGGAUUUGGAACUGGAGGUGCAGGUGGUGCAGCAGGUGCUGCAGCGGGAUCAGCAGGUUUUGGAGCCGGAGGAGCAUCAGCUGGUGCAGCUGGAUCAGCAGGAUUUGGAGCCGGAGGAGCAUCAGCUGGUGCAGCUGGAUCAGCAGGAUUUGGAGCUGGCGGAGCAGCAGGUGCAGCUGGAUCAGCAGGUUUUGGAGCCGGAGGAGCAUCAGCUGGUGCAGCUGGAUCAGCAGGUUUCGGAGCCGGUGGAGCUGGAGGUGCAGCUGGAUCAGCAGGAUUUGGAGCCGGUGGAUCAGCAGGAUUUGGAGCUGGUGGAGCAUCAGCUGGUGCAGCUGGAUCAGCAGGUUUCGGAGCUGGUGGAGCUGGAGCAGCAGGUGCUGGAACUGGAGCCACAUUAUUCACAAGCUUUGGUCCAGGCGCAGCUGGUUCUGUUGGGACAUUUGGUAGCGGUGCCCCUGUAUUUGUGGUACAUCCAAAUCUCAUUGGAGGAGCUGGUGCAACCCAUACAACAACAGGCUCAUUCGGCCAGCCAAGUUUUGCUGCUUUGGUAGGUGGCCCUGGACAUGCAGGAGGAGCAUCUGUUAGCACCCACAGCGCUGCGGGUCAAACUGGCCAGCCCACAUCUUUCUUCAUCCUCGGAGGAUCAGGAGGUGCAGGAGCAGGUGCUGGUGCUGCAACUGGCUCUGGUUUUGGAACUGGUGGAGCCGGUGGUGCUGCAUCUAGUACAGCAGGAUCAGCUGGUUUUGGAGCUGGUGGAGUUGGAUCCUCUGGUUUUGGAGCUGGUGGAGCAGGUGGUGCAGCAGCUAGUGCCGCUGGAUCGGGUGGUUUUGGAGCUGGUGGAGCUGGGUCCUCUGGUUUUGGAGCUGGUGGAGCAGGUGGUGCAGCAGCUAGUGCCGCUGGAUCGACUGGUUUUGGAGCUGGUGGAGUUGGAUCUUCUGGUUUUGGAGCUGGUGGAGCAGGUGGUGCAGCAGCUAGUGCCGCUGGAUCGACUGGUUUUGGAGCUGGUGGAGUUGGAUCUUCUGGUUUUGGAGCUGGUGGAGCAGGUGGUGCAGCAGCUAGUGCCGCUGGAUCGACUGGUUUUGGAGCUGGUGGAGCUGGAUCCUCUGGUUUUGGAGCUGGUGGAGCAGGUGGUGCAGCAGCUAGUGCCGCUGGAUCGACUGGUUUUGGAGCUGGUGGAUUUGGGUCUUCUGGUUUUGGAGCUGGUGGAGCUGGAUCCUCUGGUUUUGGAGCUGGUGGAGCAGGUGGUGCAGCAGCUAGUGCCGCUGGUGGAGCUGGAUCUUCUGGCUUCGGAGCUGGAGGUUUUGGCACUGGUGGUGCAGCAGCAAGUGCUUCUGGAGCUGCUUCUGCUGGAACAUCUGGAUUUACUGGUACUGGAUUCCCCAUUGCAUCGGCCCUCACCAGCGCUCCUCAAGGCUCUGCAUCUACAAGUGCCUCUGCAGGGUCGACUACAGGAUUUACGACAGGUGGCGGAAGUUCUACCGUGUCAUUCUCUAGUGGGGCUCCAGUAGCUGCUGCUCUCACAAGUACACCGCAUAGUUCUACUUCUGCAGCUUCUGCUGCUUCAUCUGCAGCAUCAGCAGGUUCCAGUGGUUCAGGAUUUGGUGCAAGUGGAGCAAGUGCUGCUGCUGCUGCAGGUUCUGCAGGUAGUAAUAUUGGACAGAUUUUUUCUGCUCACACUGCUAGAGCUGUUCAGUCAGUACAUUCAGCUGCCCAAGCUUCUUCCAGGCCUACAGCAUCAGCUCUUGUAUCUUCGCCUGCUAGUGUAACAACCCACCAAGGUGCUGCUUCAGCUGGUGCCAGUGCUGCUUCAAGUGCUGCUUCAAGUGCUGCUGCAGGUGCUGCCUCAGGUGCUGCUUCAAGUGCUGCUGCAGGUGCUGCUGCAGGUGCUGCUUCCAGUGCAGCCUCAGGUGCUGCUUCAAGUAUUGGGUCAAGAUUCUUAGGUACAGGUAGCGCAGGUGCUCCUGCAUCAGUAACAAUAAUAAACCGAGGUGCGCAAUCUUCGGGCGCAGCAUCGGGGGCAGCUUCAGCCUCAAGCGGAGGAGCAGGUUCAUUUGGCCCAUCUUUCACAGUUUUCUCACCCGGUAGCGGUGGAGCUGCAGCAGCUUCUGCAUCUGGUGCUGGCGCAACAUUUGGCACCCAGUCUUCAGGAGCAGCUUCAGCCGCAAGUGGAGGGGCAGGCUCAUUUGGCCCAUCUUUCACAGUUUUUUCCCCUGGUAGCAGUGGCGCUGCAGCAGCUUCAGCAUCUGGCUCUGGCUCAACGUUUAGCACAGGUGGUAUUCAGGCAGUUCCAGUAUUUCUCCUGAAUCAGCAAUCAUUAGGAAAUCUUGCCUCCACUGGCGGUGCACGCUUCUUCACCACUGGUAAUGCUGGCGCUUCCCAAGCACCCUUCACAACAACCGUAUUCAACACUGGUGCAUCCCAAGGAAACCCUUCGAUUGGUGCUGCUAUUGCUGUGGGUAGCAAUUCACCGGUGAUUGCCAGCGCCCACAGUGGUAACACCCUGGGAACGACAGGACACCAGUCAAAUCUCGAGGGCCACAGCAUCUUCGUCAACAAUCCCACUUCAUUCGCUCAAGUUCACACCAAGCCAGCAGGCAGCGCAGGAAACGCUCUUCCUGGUUCUCAUAUCAAGUCGCAAGGCUAAGACAAACGUCAGACAAGAAUGCAUCUUGUAGCUUUUCAAAAAUAUGUUUCAUUGUUGCGGAAGUAGGGAGUGGCUUUAAAUAGAAUGCGUGUUUAUAAGAGAAAUAUAUUUGAAUGCGUUAUUAUUUGUUAUCGUAUAUAGUGAUAUUAUGUAAUAUAUCUGUAUUCGUCUGUUUAUCAGUUUUAUGUGAAUGUGAAUUUUAUGUGUAUAUAGAAAUAUAUAAAUGAAAUAAGAUAGCA